AUGAUCAAGACCGACGACGCCAUGUCUCACGCGCCGUCCCAAAACGAUUCGAACUGGCCCCCCAAGUCUCCCCAUCAGGCCCUGCUUAGCUCCCCCAGCGGCCGCAAGAGAUGGGAGCAGCGCCGUCGUAACCAGCCGUCGCCCUCGAUGGGCAGCCCUCGGACCGCAUCGCGCGCCUCGCAGCUCCUGUCGGACGGUAUAGAAGGUGAUGAUAACGAGGAGGAGGAUGAAGACGAGGAGACGUUGCAGCUCAAGCUUCAGGCAAUCGAGGCCCGCCUCCGACUCAAGAAAUUGCAGGCUGCCAAGGCGAAGCAGGCCAAUACUGAGGCAGAUGAAGGUGAAGGGCGCGACAUAUUCAGCCCACAUCCUCUCAAGAACGCAGCAUCUUCAGAUCAGUCGCGGGCAACGGGUCGAAUCAGGGCUCAGUCCAACGUUCAAGUCCCUCUAUCCCCCGUGAAACGUGGCCGGGUUCCGCUUGAUCCGACCUCCCCUGCGCGUGUGAAGCUUGGUAUCGAUAAAGGGUUGCGCGCGCAAGACGUUUCUCUAAAACGACCUACAUUUUCUCAGGAUACUUCGAACACUUCUUCGCGACCUAGCUCGAAAGCACGCUCAGACCGCCCAAGCUCGUUCAGCGGUCCUAGUGGAGUUGCUGCGCGGGACGGGGCUCUAGAGAGGCCGAAGUCAUUCAGUGAACGGCUUGCUGAGACCAGGUUGAAAGACAACGAGAAGCUGGCGAAGGAUGAAAGAAUCCAAAAGGCUAGAAGCCGGGGCUUUGGACUGGGUGCAGCGGAGCGUACGGCCAGCAGCCAGGACGGUCGGACUCCUUCGCAAUUGUCAAAUGGGAGUGGAUCACAUACUUUUGAGAAACCCGCUCGCCCCAGUUUCCUGCGGCGAAAGCAGUCCUCUAGCACCAACAACUCUUUGGACAGCUCAGCAAAUACGUCAAGGCCAAAUUCUCGUCAUCGUUCUGCAUCGCAAACAUCAGCUACUACAGAUCCACCUCCGAGGAAAAAUUCCAGUUUCUCCGGAUUGCCUGAAUCAACUGCAGAUGAUGGCGCCUCAUUCGAACCAUUCACUGGGAUUCAUCUCUCCAGGCGGCUUCUCCCGCAUAAUAUCAUCACUCGGGCAUUUGAUCAAAAGGAACUGUAUCCUCUCCCCCGACUGCUUGCGACCGUCAAAGGCCCCGAUUAUGAUCCUCCGGACCAUGAAGCAGACUUUGUAGUUCUGGGAGUGAUUGCAUCGAAAUCGACCCCACGAGACCUUAAGAACAUGCCCAAGGCCGCAUCGACCGCGGAUCCGGAUGAUGACGAUGGACCGAACAAGUCUAAGUUCAUGGUGUUGCAUCUGACGGAUUUCAAGUGGGAAAUCGAUCUUUUCCUUUUCGGCACUGCCUUUACCACAUUCUGGAAGCUGACGCCCGGUACACUCAUUGCCAUCCUGAACCCUGGAAUCUUCCCUCCUCGGGACAAAAGAACAGGGCAGUUCUCCCUGAAGAUUGGAUCGUCUGAGGACACUAUCCUUGAAAUCGGCAACGCUCGUGAUCUUGGCUUUUGCAAGAGUGUCAAGAAAGAUGGGCAGGAAUGUGGCAGCUGGAUCGACAAGCGCAAAACCGAGUUCUGUGAAUAUCACGUAUAUCUGCAGGUUGAAAAAUCUAAGCGUGGCCGUAUGGAGGUGAAUACCAUGGCGGGAUUUGGGAAGGGGCUUUCAGGUAAAAAUGGGGCAGGCCCGGCAGAGACCAACAAACAAUACGACAGCUACUUGCACGAGACCAUGUAUGUUUUACCGAAGCAUAUGAGCGGUAGAAGUGCCGCAGCUCGGCUGGAUCACGACGAAGAUGCCAUCAACCGCGGAAUGAGUCGUGAGGACCUGCACCGGAAGAGGCUCGCCGAGAAAGAGCGAGAGCGCGAACUCGCAGACAAGCUGAGCCGCAUUGGCGGCAAAGCGGGCAGCGAGUACAUGAGGGCAAAGGCAGCCGGCCGGCCCGACGCCUCCUCCACCGCAGACAGCUCGAGAAACAGCAGCCGCCAGACGUCCGCCGCCGGCGCCGCGGGCGCUUACAACACCCCAUUCAACCGCUUACACGACGGGCCCGAUCCCGUCGACGCGGCGUCUCUCGGCCUCCUCGGCAAACGUGCCGCCGACGUCUCCCUCAACCCCAUCAAGCGGAAGCGCACUGCGACCCUGGGCGGUGGAGGCGGCGGCGGCGGCGGCGACGGGUCCCAGGCCACCACGGUUGCUUCUUCGUCCUACUCCGCCCGCCACACGGCCGAGCCCAUGGGAUGGGGCGGUGCCAACAAACGCGAGCUUCUCCUCAGUCCAUCCAAGAAGAAGCUUGUCGGCAGCAGUGGCACUCGCCGCAUCGACGACAUGCUGCGUCGAGACGGGGACCCGCGGCAACAACAACAACAACAACAGCAACUACAGUCACCGGCCCUGCAAUCACCGCGAGGCGUGCUGCAUCUGCCCGAGCGCAGCAGGAGUCGAGAGGGUAGCCCGAAGAAAAAGGCUAGGCUGAUGAUUGAGGGGAAGGGCAUCCGAGAGCCCGGUCGAGAGAGUAUGGGGAGUGCGGCGGUUGUGACGAAGGCGACUAGCAGUGAUGAUGACGAUUUGGAAAUCAUCUAG